CAGGUUUCUAACCUCAAAGUUUAAAAAGUCAUUGUUGUUGUUUUCAAUUCACGCCAGGUAUAGUAGAAUACCGCACGGUAGUUCGUUACAACCGCCUAUGGCGGAACCCGAAAGGGUAGCCACAACCACCCCUACCACCAGUAACCAGGAUGAUCCUAACUUUAUUAACUCACUAUUAUCAAGAAGAAAUAAAGAUAGAAUAGACAAGCUAUUACUACAAUCACCAACACUGGAUACGAAAAAACCACCCCAACACAGCCCCCGGAGGGAUAGCGGACAUAACCACCCCUACCGUCACGUGAGUACACCCAACCCUAGACUCAGUGACAGCAAAUCCAGAUCUAGAAAUAGAAAAGACUCCACAGAAAAUCGUUCUCGUAAAAAAAGUCUAGAGAAAAUUUCCACCGACAUAGAUCUUGACAAUAAGUCAGAACCAGAAAAGCCCCAUCAUACCAACCGCACCAGACACUCUAGCAGAGCAAGAGAUCCACCUCAAGACCAAAAAUCAACAGAAAAUAAAAGUAUGGAGAAUGGUGAAGAAUUCAAAAAGAAUACAUCAGUAUUCCACAUACUUUCGAAAAAUCAAACAGAUAAUAUCGCCAACACAUCGAGCCCGAUCGACUCACCGGAUAGUGAUGAAAAUAACGGCAAUUUUGAAAGUGCGGAGAACUCGCCUUUAAAUAACACUCUAGUGAAUAUCGGUGAAUUCGGUAGCGCAACAGAUAAAGACAAAUAUAUAACCGGGAUCGCGGAACAGACAAUAGACAAUGUAAUUAUACAAAGUGCAGUCGACGCGGAGAAAAUACUUUAUGAACUAGCUAAUGAAAGUGUAGAGAAACAAUCAGACUCAAAAAGUUCGGAGAAAAUCGAAAACAGUAUGGAGAAUAUUCCCAAAAGUUCGGAGAAAAGUGCCGAAAGUUCGAAGAACCGUACCGAAAGUACGGAGAACACUAACAUACAUGCCCAAGCAUCGGGAAAUGUAUUCCCAAGCUUUGUUUCGGGAUAUAAUACCCUACCGUUACCAGCCUCGGUAACAACGAGAAUACUAAACUUUAGGACGGACGCGCAAAAUACAACGUCAAGCGAGGACGAGACUUUAAAAACAAAGCAGACGGGAAAUAGUUCGAUAAGUGAUCAAGUUCGCAUGUUCACAGGACAGAAACCGACGGGGUCCACGGGCGCGAUCGCAAAAACUACGCCAGAACAGCCUCCUAAACGUAAAAGAACAUUAGAAAGGCCGACAAUCAUAGAAAUAAACAACGGUGAGCCUGAGAAAAUGGAAACCAACGCGGCAGAAGGUGGUUUUAAAACGCCAAAGAAAUUUGCUACAAACUUUGUAAAAGUUAUGCGUGAAAAGGUGGUAAGAUCAAUUAAACUUCAAAAUAAGUAUCACGUAUUAACAGACACCGACUCCGACGACGAAGCGUCGAUCCCAUCUAAAAAACCCGAUGCACAAAAACCCACAACUAGUAAACCGAGAGAGACAGAAGCCCAGAGGUCAAACAAGUGUAUAUUCCGCCAAAGGAAAUUAAUAAUUUCUGUGAAAGGCUAG